GAGCCGUGCACGACGCACAGUAAACAGCGCUGGCAAAGUGACUGAAUCAACAUCAAGAAUGAGAAGAGGAUUUAUUUACGGUGCACAGUCGAGCCUUGGCUAAUAUCACCCUCAGAUAUAGAGGGACACCGGAUGAUGGCAUGGCUCUAACCAGCAUUUGUGGGAGAAAUAUGAGAGCCGAUCUCUCCAGCUUUUCUUUUUUGCUUCAUUGCUUGCUUACCUGUUGUGCACAGAUUCAGGAUCUCGAAUCGCAAGUGUUUCAGUUCACCAGGUCUGUCUACAAUGCUGCAAUUUACGAGAACUCGCCAGCUCGAUCCUACCUAAGGAGUGAGAUCAGAAUGGGGAUAAUUCUGUCAAAGUCCAUCUCAUGGGAUAUUGAAUACUCCAUCUUGUCUGGGGAUGAUGAUGGGCUAUUUGAAGCUGAGGAGUAUGUCUUGGGAGACUUUUGUUUCCUUCGCAUACAUACAAAGGGUGAAAGCUCUGCUAUUUUAAAUCGUGAAAUAAAAGACAACUACACGUUAACUGUCUAUGCUACAGCCAGUGAUGGUCUGAAUGCGUCUACAAAAGUCAAUGUGCAAGUCAUGGACAUGAAUGACCUUCGACCUUUAUUCUUACCCACCACUUAUACCAUCACUGUACCUGAAAACACCCCACUGGGGGCCAGUGUCGCCCAGGUCACUGCCACUGAUGCUGACAUAGGUUCAAAUGGUGAAUUCUAUUAUUUCUUCAGGAAAUUAGUGGAGGAAUUUACUGUCCAUCCCACUAGUGGUAUUAUAUACCUUACAGCAAAACUCAAUAUUGAAGAGAAUAAAACAUUUGAGAUUGAGGUGUUGGCAGUAGAUCGUGGAAUGAAGGUUUAUGAAAACAAUGGCGUGAGCAGCACGGCUAAAGUAAUGUUCAACAUCGUACGUGUAAAUGAAUUUACACCAACAGUAAGUGUUGUUGCACUUGACCCAUCUUUAACGGACAAAGAUCCAGUGUAUGCCGUGGUCACAGUGGAGGAUUUGGAUGAAGGUCCAAAUGGGGAAAUUGAGUGGGUUUGUGUCAAUGAAGGUGACCCACUAGAACAGUUUGUUCUCAAGAAAGCACCACGUGGCAAUGAUUACUUGUUGAAAUUAUCUGAACCAGCAGACUGGCAUACAGUUCCAUAUGCCUAUAAUCUCACUUUUCAGGCCAAAGACCGAGGCAUACCUCCAAAGCUUUCCAAUACUCCAAUUCUUCAGCUUUUGGUAAAAAGGCCAGAGCCUGUGCUUUUUAAAUUUGAGGAAGAUAUUUACAGAGCUACAGUGAAUGAAAUGGCUCCUCCUGGAACUAUCAUACAGACUGUCAGAAUCUCUCCUAAGCCAGAGUAUGUGAAAUAUAGCUUAAGUCUUACCACGGAUUCCACAUAUUUCAGCAUUAAUACUUUUACUGGAGUCAUCUCAACACUAAGUCCAUUCACCAUGCUAGGACAAGAGCUUUUUGAACUGGAGGUAAAAGAAGCCAUGAGUGGUCUGAGCACUAAAGUACAGAUCACUGUAGAGGAUGCUAAUGAUAACGCUCCAACAUUUACCCAAGCAUUCUACAAAGUGUCUGUCAGCGAGAACACUCCUUCCGAUACUGUUGUCCUUGUCAUAUCAGCAGUAGAUGAUGACCAUGGGGAUAAUGGCUGCAUAACAUACAGUAUACCAAGCCUUCAGCCUCUGCCCUUUACUAUUAACCAAAAUACAGGUGAAAUAAUGAUAUCACAAGAACUUGAUUUUGAAUCAUCUUUGGAAACAUAUAUUUUCUCUGUCCGUGCUUCUGACUGGGGCUUGCCUUAUAGAAGAGAAAGUGAGGUAAAUGUGACAGUAGAAAUCUUGAACAUCAAUGACAAUCCACCCCACUUUGAACGUGUGUCAUGUAAAGGAAUAAUUGCGCAAGAGUUCACAGUGGGACAGACAAUAAUAACCUUUUCCGCUAUUGACAUUGAUGAUCUUGGUUUGGUAAAAUAUAAGAUAUUGUCCGGAAAUGAAAAGGGCAUCUUCAGUUUAAAUCCAGACUCUGGGAUGUUGUCCCUGAGGAAGUCCCUUGUUAGUGCCAAUGUUAAAAAUGAUCUGUUUAGUUUGGAAAUAGCAGCCACAGAUGGCGAGUUAUUCUCUGAGCCCACUUUCGUCAACAUAUCAGUUGUGAAAGGGAAAACUUUGAGUAAUUUUAAUUGUGAUAACACCAAAAUUGGAGAAAAAACAGCUGAACAGCUCCUCAAAAAAGCCAGUGCAAUAGACAAGUCAAAGUUUGAAGAGAGUUACAGUGACCUAUAUUCUGUCAACCAUCACACACCUCAGUUUGAAUCAUUUCCCUCUGUUAUUGUAAUUCGGGAGGAUUUGCCUGUUGGAUCAACAGUCAUUAAAGUGAACACCAUUGACAAAGAUACAGGCUUCAAUGCUCGCAUUCUACACGUUAUAUCCGAUGGGAAUACUGACGACUGUUUCAAUAUUGAUAUGGAAACUGGUGUGAUUUACAUCUAUCAACCACUGGAUCGUGAAAAGUCAGACCGGUAUCUUCUUAAUAUAAGUAUAUAUGACAUGGGUCUGCUUCAGAGGUCUAGCUGGAGGCUGGUAACUGUAAACAUUGAUGAUGUAAAUGAUAAUAGCCCUCAGUUCUCCUUGGAGAGCUACACUGCAGUGGUGCAAGAGAACACAGCCAUUGGCACGGAAAUUAUAAAAAUUGCAGCCUCAGAUAAUGACCUGGAAUGUAACGGUGAAAUCUUUUACACAAUAUUGACUAGUACAAAUCUUUUCACUAUUAACAGUACAACUGGUUCGGUCUAUGUUUCUGGCCAGUUGGACAGAGAGUCAUUGGUAGAUAUUACUUUAAAUAUUGAAGCCAGAGACAAGGCAGAGAGAGGGAAUCAAAAAACCUCAGUGACAACAUUAAAGAUCUAUCUAGAGGAUUUGAAUGACUGCCCACCCAUGUUUAUUCCUAAGAGUUAUAACUGCCAUGUACUGGAAGACAUUCCUGUAGGCACUGUCAUUACAUGGUUGCAAACUCAAGAUCCUGACCUUCGACUAGGUGGGAGAGUAAAUUAUUUCCUGACCAAUGACUUCAAUGGGACAUUCAAGGUUAAUAUGGACAGUGGAGCUGUCAAGGUGGCCAAGGAACUGGACUUUGAAAAGCAGCAAUUCUACAAUCUCUCUGUGGUUGCAGAAGAUUGUGAUGUCUCCGUUCAGCUUCGUUCUUUCUCUUACAUUGAAGUACAGGUAGUUGAUGUUAAUGAAAACUUCAAUGAGCCCAGCUUCUCUGAAUUUGCAGUAAAAGCCACUGUUAAGGAGAACUCACGCCUUGGAACAAGUGUGAUUCAAGUCACCGCUAGGGAUAAUGACAAGGGCAAGGAUGGCCUACUGAGAUACUCGAUCAAAUCUGGAAGUGGCCUUGGCAGGUUCUUCAUUGACGAAGAGACUGGAAUGAUCUACACUUCUAGUAUUCUAGACUGUGAGAAGCAGGACUCUUACUGGCUAACCGUCUAUGCCACCGACCAAGGGGUUGUACCACUCUCUACCUCCAUCGAGGUGUAUGUCCAGGUGGAGGAUGUCAACGAUAAUGCGCCUUUGACCUCUGAGCCCAUCUAUCAUCCUUAUGUCUUGGAGAAUUCACCCAAAGAUGUUUCAGUUGUGCAUGUACAGGCCAAAGACCCUGACAGCACUUCUAAAACCAACAGUCUCACAUACCGCAUUACUGCUGGAAACCCACAAAACUUCUUUACCAUCAAUUCCAAGACAGGUCUCAUCACUACGACAUCAAGAAAACUAGAUAGGGAGCAGCAAGCUGAACACUUUUUGGAGGUUACCAUUAUGGAUGGCAGUAGUGUCUUCAGGCAGUCUACAGUGUGGGUAAUAGUGCAUGUUCAAGAUGAGAAUGACAACACACCAGAGUUCCCCAAGAAAGUCUACUGCAUAAGUCUCCCAGAGCGGGACCAGAGCAAACGUGGCAAUCCUGUUUAUAGGGUCAUUGCAUAUGACAAGGAUGAAGGCCCUAAUGCAGAACUCACAUACAGCAUAGUGGAUGGAAAUGAAAAUGGGAAAUACUUCAUUGACACCAAAUCCGCAAUGGUGUACUCCAGAAAAAUGGUUACAGCAGGGGCUCAUGACACCCUCACGAUAAAAGCCAUGGACAAUGGGAUGCCACAGAAAUGGUCAACUGUACAGCUACGUGUUGAGUGGAUCCAAAAACUUUCACCUGCCCCACAGGCCUUGCAUUUCAUGAUGUCUAACUAUGACUUUACUAUUGCAGAAAACGCUAAAGUUUUUGAAAAAGUGGGCACCAUCUUUGUACGGCAAACAGAAACACCCCUCUGGUUUGAUAUCAUUGCUGGAAAAUCACAGGAGAUGUUUGACAUUCCCCAAAUAAAUCAUGCUAGAAACUGCACAACCAGCACAGAAAAAAUAAACUCUAAUGGAGCAUUUGAUACCCAGAGGAGAAUGGGGACUAUAGUUUUGGUGAAGCCUCUGGAUGCAGAAAAUCAGUCACUUUACAACUUGACUGUCCAGGUGACUGAUGGGACAAGUACAGCAACAACACAGGUUCAUAUCAGAGUUUUGGACUGCAAUGAUAACGCUCCAGUAUUCUCCCAACCUGUAUAUCAGGUUUUAGUUUCAGAAAACACACCAGUAAACACUGAGAUUCUGCGUGUCAAAGCCACAGAUAGUGAUGAACAAGCCAAGCUGAGUUAUUCUGUUCAUGGUAGUGUUGAUCUGGUCAGCAUGCGCAUGUUUCGGAUUGAUGUUGGCACUGGUGUCAUUUACACUGCUGAUGUUUUGGACUACGAAGUAUGCACUCAGCAUAUUCUUACAAUUAUGGUAAAAGACCAGGAAUUCCCUUACUACAGAGACCUGGCUCGGAUCAUAGUGAAUAUAGAGGAUGCCAAUGACCAGAGUCCUUGUUUUACACAGACUGUGUAUGAUGGGGUGGUAACUGACUCGACUUUUUUUGGAAAAGCUGUUGUACAGGUUUCAGCCUUGGAUAGAGACACAGCGAGGAAUAAAGAGCUGGUAUAUGCUAUUGAAGCAGGAAACACAGGGGGUGCAUUUGGAAUUGAUUCGCUGUCUGGCACCAUUUCAGUUUCUAGAGAGCUUGACUUUACAUUUGCUGGACAAUACAUCCUUACUGUUCGUGCCACAGAUGGAGGCAAUCCAGCACUAAGUUCCACAGCCACUGCCAAAAUUGGCAUUAUAUUCUCAAACUUUUUUGCUCCCAAAUUCACCCAACUGGAGUACCAGGCUGAGAUCCCUGAAAAUCUGCCUGUUGGAGCCUUUGUUACUAAUAUCAGAGCCAUAAGCACAUCAGGGCUUAUUUACGAAAUAGUGCAGGGAAAUAAAGAGAAGAGGUUUGGAAUCAAUCGUUACACAGGUGUAAUUGUGACUCAAAAGUCCUUAGAUUUUGAAACCACAGCAUCCUACCUGUUGGUUAUCCAAGCUGACAACAUGGCAGGGAUUGUUUCCAGUGCUACACUUAAUAUUCAAGUGGUUGAUAAGAAUGAUAAUCCACCUGUUAUUCAACAACUAAGAUACUCAGGGAGCAUUAGUGAAGCUGCCACUCUCAACAGUGUGGUUUUAGGUGAUGAUGGAAUUCCCCUAGUGAUUCAAGCCUCUGAUCCUGAUAGUAAUCAGAAUUCUCUAUUAGUAUUUCAGAUUGUUGAAGACAUGGCUAAAUUAUACUUCACUGUUGACUCUGGUACUGGAUCAAUUAGAACCAUUGCCAAUCUGGACUAUGAGACUUUUAGUGAGUUUUACUUCCAUGUCAAUGUCAAGGACAGUGGUAGCCCAGAGCUUACUGCAGCUAGUCCAGCUAAAAUUUUAAUAAAGGUUUUAAAUGUAAAUGAUUCUCCUCCCAGAUUCUCUAAGUACACAUAUGACACUGUUGUUCUGCUUCCUACAUAUUCUGGCAUAGAGGUUUUGAGAUUGGAGGCAUCUGACCCAGACAUGAGUACAGAUUCAAUUUAUUAUUUUGCAGACAACAACUUGGAACCUUUUGCCAUUGAUCCUAGCACAGGCAUCCUCACAGUCAAAAACAGCAAACUAUCCCAAGACCGAUACUGUUUUACCAUAAAGGCAUCAGACGGCCGUUACUCUUGCUCUGCUCUCGUGACAGUAAUAGUACGUGAGGCUAUGGACAGUGGCCUUUUUUUCAGUCAGCCUUCAUAUUCCUCCUUCGUGCUGGAGAACACCUCAAACAUAUCGACACUAAUAGUGGUCAAUGCUAUAGGAAAUCAUCUGAAUGAACCAAUUAGAUAUGCACUGUUAAAUGCAGGGAUCCAUUUUAAAAUUGGGCCGACAUCUGGGGUCAUACAGACCACAGGGAUCUCAUUUGAUUGUGAAGAGCAAGAGGUCUAUGAGUUGGUGGUGGAGGCAAGCCGUGAAUAUGACUGGCUGCGGGUUGCCAGGGUUAUUGUACGGGUUCAAGUGGAAGACAUGAAUGAUAAUGCUCCUGAGUUUGUUGGCCUACCGUACUAUGCUGCAGUGCAGGUUGAUGCACAAAUCGGAUUAUCCAUAUUUCAGGUGUCGGCUACAGACUUGGAUAAAGGAUUAAAUGGGAAGGUUUCCUAUGAGCUUGAGGAUGAGCAUGGAUAUUUUGAGCUAAACAGUGCGACAGGUGAGCUCACCCUUCAAAGAACCUUCGUAGCAGAUAUGUCCAAUGUUGACUAUUCACUGGUCAUUAUUGCACGUGAUGCUGGCUACCCCUCCCUUUUCACUGCAGUAGAACUCUCAGUCACAGUAAUUAAUAAAGCCAUGCCUAUUUUUGACAAAAGUUUUUAUGGUAUUUUUGUUAGAGAGGACAUACCAGUGUCAACCUCAAUUCUGAAGAUUAAUGCUGUCAGUCCUGAAGGACAGAAAAUCAUUUACACCAUUGUGCAUUGGGAUCCCUCUCUUCAGUUUGACAUUGACUUUGAGAGUGGUGUGAUGAGGGCAAUUUACCCUUUAGAUUAUGAGACUACUCCCUAUUACAAGCUAGUAGUCAAGUCCAUGGAUGUCUUCACUGGAGCUACAUCAGAGGUAGAUGUAAAUAUUGAUAUUUUGGAUGUGAAUGACAAUGCCCCUGUAUUUGAAAAAUCCUCAUAUACUGUUACCCUGGCUGAGAACUCAAUAACAGGAACUGCAGUGGUACAAAUCUUGGCAACAGACAACAGUGAAUCUGAAAAUGUUGCUAUUUGUUAUGAGGUGCUUUCAGACUCUUUAAAUUACACAGACUACUUUGACAUUGACAGCACCACUGGUCUCAUUGUUACAACCCGUCCUUUAGAUUAUGAACAUAUUCAACGCUAUAGCUUCAUUGUCCGUGCAAUAGACAAUGGCUCUCCAGCCCAAAGCACUGAGGUCACGAUUACUGUCUUAGUAAAUGACACAAAUGACAACCCUCCAUCUUUUACUCAGCCACUUUAUGAAGCUUUUGUUAAUGAACUUGCUUCCAGGGGGCAUUUUGUAACCUGUGUUCAGGCUUUUGAUGUAGACGCCUCAGAUUUUGACAGGUUAAGAUACAGUAUUCUUUCUGGAGAUGAUAGGAUGAACUUUUUAAUGGACCCUAAAACAGGAGUUAUCUCUCUGUCGUCCCAGCGUUUUCAGCGCAUGCAGCAGAUGUACAUACUCAAUGUUUCUGCAUCCGAUGGAGUGUUCACUAGUACAGCACAGGUAAACAUCCGGAUACUGGGAGCUAAUUUAUAUAACCCUGUCUUUAGCCAGAGAUUUUACCUUGCUGAGAUACCAGAGAAUGUACCUACAGGAGCAAAGGUUAUUCAGAUAUGGGCCACAGAUGAGGACUCUGGGGUUUUUGGCCAGAUAAAGUAUUCACUGAUUUGUGACCUUGGAAAGACUCUGUUUUUUAUAGGAGGAGAUGGAGUGAUCACGACAGCUCAAAAAUUAGACAGAGAGAAUCAAAAGAACAAGGACAUGGUGCUGGUAGUAAUGGCUCUGGAUGGAGGUGGAAGAGCAUCCUUCAGCAGUGUUAGAGUAAUACUAACAGAUGAGAAUGAUAAUGCACCACUCUUUAGGGCUGCUGAGUAUAGGGUUAGCAUUAAAGCAAACAUAGCCAUUGGUACACUUGUGACUCAGAUACAGGCUCAGGACCCUGAUGCUGGGGAAAAUGGCACAGUGACUUAUUCACUGUACAGUGAGGCAAGGCUUCCUUUAGUGGAUGUGUUAGAAAUUGAACCUGAUAGUGGGUGGAUGGUCACAAAGGGAAGCAUGGCUCAUUUGAGAGGAACUGUUUUAUCAUUCUUUGUCAAGGCCACAGAUGGAGGAGUCCCUUCUAAGCACUCAUUGGUGUCUGCAUUCAUCCACGUUCUGCCACCUGAUGCUAACAUACCAUCAUUCUCUCAGCCUCAAUACUCCUUUACCGUAUUAGAGAAUACACCAAUUGGGACACCCUUAGGUUCAGUGUACCUGAGUCCAGGUCAGACAGCAUUUUUUGCUGUGGUAAAUGGGGAAACAAUAGAGAGCAACCUGGGUAAAAUGUUUAUAAUAGAGAGAGAAACUGGGGUUCUCAGGCUUGAUAACACGCUAGACUAUGAAUUGGUCAAUAUCUAUCGAUUCAAAGUGUCUGCCAUUAUGAGAGAAGAUCUAGUAGAAUCCAUGUCUGCGGUUGAUGUGGAGGUGAAAGUUCUAGAUGUGAAUGACAAUAAGCCUUCAUUUGAGACUAGCUCAUAUGUAGCUAUGGUAAUGGAGGGCAUUCCUGUAGGUACAAGGGUCAUGCGAGUGCAUGCUCUGGACCCUGACUGGGGUUCAAAUGGACAGGUCCUUUACAGCCUUGAAUCAACCUUCAAUAAUGAGAAACCCACUGAGAGAACCAUUGCUAUCAAUGCCAUGUUUGCAAUUGAUAGUAAAACAGGAUGGAUCACUACUCUUGGAGACUUGGACCAUGAAAUAUGUCCAUCCUACACAUUCACUGUGGUUGCAUCAGAUCUCGGGGAGACAGUCCGUCUCUCUUCUACUGCUGUGGUUACUGUUGCCAUUGCUGACAUCAAUGACAACCCUCCUAUCUUUGAGAAAGACUACUACAGAGCUGCUGUGAGUGAGAGUGAGCCAAUAGGAGAAGUCGUGGCUGUUCUCAGAACCCGAGACUCAGACACCUCUGAUCAGAAUAGACUGGUCAACCUCCAUAUCACAGGGGGGAACCUUAGAGGGAUGUUUGCACUAGCUUUAGUGCAAGGAGAGUGGAAGUUGUCUGUGAACCAGCCACUGGAUAGGGAAAAACAGGAUCGAUAUAUACUCAGUAUCACUGCCUGUGACAGCUUGUUUACCACCCAGGUGAUGGUAGAGGUCAGCAUUAUGGAUACCAAUGACAACAGCCCUAUAUGUAAUGAGGCUAUAUAUGAAGCCUCAUUUCCAGAGGACAUACCCAUUGAUUAUGGAAUUCUGACUAUUGAAGCUACAGAUUCUGACAUAGGCAUUAAUGCAGAGAUUCAGUACUCCUUAUUUGGCAUAGGAGUUGAAGACUUCUACAUGGACAUUAAGACGGGUGAACUGAAAACUACCUCUCUGAUUGAUAGGGAGAGGACAGAGAGCUAUAAUCUAAUAGCCCAGGCUACAGAUGGAGGUGGUUUAUUCUGUCGCUCUAAGAUCAUUCUCACAGUAAUAGAUGUGAAUGACAACGCACCAUCCUUCAAUUUCACUGAGUUUCUAGCCACUGUAUUUGAAAAUGCUGCACCUAAAACCCCAAUAACCCGCCUGCAAGCUGAUGAUCCUGACGAGGGUCUGAACAGAAGAGUCAUGUACUCUUUAGUGGACUCUGCUGAUGAUACCUUUUCCAUUGACCCUUUUUCUGGAAUGGUUAUUCUGGAGAAGCCUCUGGAUCGAGAGUUCCAAGACUCAUACCGGGUGAGGGUCCAGGCUGCAGACCAGACAGGGGCAGCCAACUCUCUGUUCACACAGGUAGACCUCAUUGUCAUGGUUCUGGAUGUUAAUGACAACCCACCAGUCUUCCAGAAGCAGGACUAUGCUGUUGCAGUGCCUGAGGAUGUUGCUGUCGGAACGGAGCUGUUGAGGGUCUUUGCCUCCAGUAAAGAUAUUGGUGUCAAUGCUGAGAUCUACUACAGUAUCAGUACAGGCAACGAACUUGGGAAAUUUUACAUCGAUCAGAUAAUAGGUGGCAUCUCAGUGGCUGAUGAUUUGGACUAUGAAGUGUGUAAAGACUUCUUCCUAAAAGUUGAGGCUGUGGAUGGUGGAACUCCUCCUCUGAAAACAUCCACGAUCAUUAGCAUUGAAGUGAUGGAUGUUAAUGAUAAUGCACCUUUCUUUAGUGAGGAGAUUUAUAAUGUUCUUGUCAGUGAGGACACAGUGAUUGGGUCGACAAUCACUAGGUUAUUAGCAGAAGACCUUGACAGCCAAGUAAACGGGAGAAUUACUUACUCCAUCUUGAGAGGAGACCAAGGGAACCAAUUCUGGAUCGAUCCGGUCACGGGACUAUUGAAGGUCAACAAGGCUCUUGAUAGAGAGCAGGUCUCUAGAUACAUGCUGCUAGUCCAGGCAUUUGAUAGUGGAUCUCCUGCAAUGUCCACCACAGUAAAUGUGAACAUUGAUAUUGCUGAUGUGAAUGACAAUGCUCCAGUAUUUUCCCCGGAGAAUGCUUCGGGAGUUAUUCAGCUGAACAAAGUUGCAGGUACUACCAUCCUGAAACUGUCUGUCACUGAUAGCGACUCUUCACGAAAUGGAGGCCCUUUUGAAUUAGUAAUCGUAUCUGGGAAUGAGGACAAUGCAUUCACCUUGGACAGGAAUGGAGAGCUGCGCUCAAACAAAGUGUUUGGACCACAUGACCCAAAGGAGUACGUUCUUGAGAUACAGGCAUGGGAUUCUGGAAAGCCUCGCUUGUCAUCAUCCUCUUUCGUAGUUGUGCGUGUGAGUGGAGGAAGUGUCUUUAAGCCAGUCAUCUUUCCUCUGGAGAUCAAUAUAGUGAUGGUGGGAGAUGUGUUUCCGGGUGGCAUUGUGGGUAGGAUCUAUGCCAGUGAUGAAGACGAAAAUGAUGUGUUGUCUUUCACACAACAGCCUCAGUCAAAAAUCCUGUUUAAGAUUGACCAACAGGAUGGCAAGAUUGUGGCGCUGAGUGGCCUGGAGCCUGGCAGGUACUUCAUUAAUGCCACGGUCAGUGACGGACAUUUUGCUGAAACAGUGGGUGUAAAGGUGCAAGUGAAGGUGGCAACAGAGGAAAUGGUACAGAAUGCUGUCAUGCUGCGCUUCCAGGACCUCUCUCCUGAGGACUUUGUGGGGAUAUACCUUGAACAUUUGAAGAGAACGCUUCAGAAUGCACUCUUUGGAGCAGGAUUGGGACAGACUCCAGAGCCUUUGCACAUUUUAGGGGUGCAGACAGUGGCACAGUCUUCCCUGCUGGAGGUGCUUUUGGCAGUGGAUGCACAGGAAGGAGGGUAUCUGGCUCCUGGGGAACUGGCACUGAGACUGGGUGAACUGCAGGAAAAGCUAGGAGGAACACUAAAGCUGGUGGACGUGUUGGAUCAGAGUUGCUCAGGAGAAUUGGAUUGUGGUGAUAGUGUCUGUGAGCUCAGCUUGAAGCUGGAACCUGAUGACUUGAUCAUCUAUGAUACCACCAAAGUGAGCUUUGUCUUGCCAUAUUUCCGGCGCACAGAGACUUGCAGCUGCUCAGGUGGAAAUUGUUUAUCCGCAGAGCUUUGUGAAGGCCAGGCCUGUCCUCCUGAUAUGAAGUGUGUAAGCAGUGCCUCAACAGUUCCCUCUGUCUGCCAUUGCCUGCCUGAAACUCUCCACCAGUGUGCAGGGCAGACAUCUCUGAGUUUUUCAGGGAACAGCUAUAUUAAGUACAGAGUGACUGGCAGUAGUAAGAAUCAGGAUAUGAAGGUCAGUCUGAAGAUCAGAACCCUGCAGAAUAGAGGAGUCAUAAUGUACAAACACGCUGAGCCCUGUCACAUGCUAAAGAUUGAGGAAGGUCGCCUCUGGUUCCAAUUGGACUGCACCAACAACCUGGAUGUGCUAGGCAUUUCUGGGCGCUCCAUAAAUGAUGGUUUUUGGCAUGCUGUGGCCCUGCAUGUGACUUACAACUAUACACUGCUUUCCCUGGAUGACAGCUACGUGGAGCGCUGGCAUGAUGGCCAGGUCCCUGUUCUCUGGCCUCUUGGUACCAUUGGCUCUCUGUUUUUUGGGGCCCAGGUGCCACAGAGUGGUGGGCAGAGGCACUCCCGACCAUAUGACGGUUUCCAGGGCUGCCUGAGUGCUGUAACUAUGAACGGCAACGAGCUUCCCCUACAGAGUAAGAGGAACCGGCAUGGUGAGUUAACCGCCAUCAGUGAGGUCAAGAUGGGUUGCAUGCUGUAUCCCAACUCCUGUCUGGGUGCACUGUGCCAGAACGGGGCCACCUGCAACAGCCUUCCCUCUGGUGCAUUUUCAUGCAUCUGCCCACCACAAUACACUGGGAUGCUCUGUGAUUUGGAAGUUUCGCCAUGUGUCCCCACACCGUGUCAAAAUAGAGGAGAGUGCAAAGCUGUGGGCAACACUUUUCUUUGUGGCUGCCCAAAAGGCUUCACUGGAAUCAUAUGCGAGGAGGAUGUGAACGAGUGUGACCAGGAGGAGUGUGAGAAUGGCGGGACUUGUGUAAACGCAUUUGGUGCAUUCUACUGCAACUGCACAGCGGGCUUCGAGGGCCAGUUCUGUGAGCAGCCGUCCACAGGUGUAGUGGAAACCCAGGCCGAGAUAUUGUCCUACAUUGGUCCUGCAGAAGUAAUUGGCAUUGGUGUUUUGCUUUUUGUGGUGUUGGUGCUUCUUAUACUGCUGGCUGUUUUCCAUAAGAAGCUGCUAUGGAAGGACUGGGUCCGUGCUGAGUCAGCGGGUAUCUCCACAGAAAAUGGGUGUCCCCUAAGUGAAAUGUGUCCAGGUGCUGAGGGAACUGGAAGGCCUCCACAGGUCAUGGUGCGCCCUACUGCUUACACUGCACCCCAGUGUCUGGGUAAGAAAACAGCAGGUCUUGCUACUAUAUCAUGCCCACCCCCAAUGGGCACUUUUCAGAUUACGUCACACAACUUGGGUAUAUCCAGACGAGAGGUAGCUGUGUGUAGCGUUGCACCAAACCUGCCUUCACUGUUGCCUAACUUCCCCCUCCGCAAACCUCCUUGGGAGACUGAUGAGGAUGAUGAAGAAGAAGAUGACGAUGAUGAUCAAAGUGAGAAUGGCAAUUGUGAAGAUCAGGUCCUAAAAUGGCAAGAAAGAAACUUUCGUGGAGAAGGACAGGAAAUGGUCACUAAAUGGGAGUCCAAUAUUGCAGUGGAAGAGGCCCCUUGUUUUACAGAUAGCAGUGAAGCUUACUCUGUCUCAGAACUCACAUCUGACUUCUGUGACAACGCUUCCAUCGUCACAGUGAUAAAGCGGGUCAAUGAUGCAGUGAACAACGUUGAAAACGAAGUUAAUCCACAUCUCCAUGAAGUGGAUAAAACAUGUGCUUCAUACAUCAAAGAAUACUUUAUCAAUUCAUACCACUGGGAGAAUACAAAGUGGACUGACACCAUAAUGACAGACCUAGAAUCUCUUAAUAGUGAGCACUCUACUACUCCUCCUCCUCUACCAGCUCCUCUUGUUCUUACCCAAACAAGAAUGGGUGGCAGCAUACGUCUAGGUGGCAGUACACACUCUCUGGACACCAGCUAUCCUUUACAUAGGUAUAAAGGCCAAAGAGACUUCUACUUUUCCAAAUCUAGGGAGAAGUGCCCUGUCCCAUUAUGUGCAGACUGGCAGGAAGAGGAGAGCCUUCCCCGAAAAAACUUUAAUGAGGGGAUAGCCAAUGCUUCCUGCUGUCUCUCUGGCCAUAGGGAAGAAAGGCUUCAUGUCUGGAAAGACUCCCUUUCCUUCGGCAGCCAUAGGGAGAUCAGCAGACUUGGGGACAGACGGUCAUUUGGAGCUCAGUGCUCACACAGUAACCAGCACAGCAUGUCUAUGUAUGAAGUAGAUAAGUAGAAAAACUACUAGCUGCAAUGUCAGCCUGGUCUGUAUGAAAACUGCCAUGAGUUGGCAUCACCACUGCUAUUACUUUGCAUGGAAUUAAAAAAAAAGUAAAAACAUGGUAGGGAGUAUGCAAGUAUGAAAGCAUCAAUAACUUUUUAGAUAUACAGUAUAACUUAGUAGGGACUAAUCACAGUGUGUAUUACUGACUAUGUGUGGGCACUUGUUUAACUCAAGAAAUAGGAAAGUAUAUAGCAGAUUUAAUAGCAAUAUAUGUCAGUAUACAUAGGAAAUAUAUAGAUAGUAUAUUAGAAAUUAAAACUGUAUGCAACAUGGAACAUUCAAAGACUUUAAUAUAUCUGUUGUCACCCCAUAUAAACAGCAAAAAUGAAAAUUGUUCUAUUCUUUUGUUUUCUACUGUUUCAGAUAAAUGAAAAUGUACAUUUCAUAUUCUUGGCAUUCUGAGUCGCAUAGUUUGAGUUUGUUUGCUUGUGUAAAAUUAUUACAUUUUCUUCUUCAGUUAUUAAUUCCUCAGUGCAGUUCAACUGCAGUGCAAGUGACCAAUAACCAUUUUCAUUUUUACCAUAUUACCUUUCUCUCUCUCUCUCUCUCUCUCUCUCUCUCUCUCUCUCUCUCUCUCUCUCUCUCUCUCUCUCUCUCACACACACACACACACACACACACACACACACAC